AUGGAAAUACUAAAGUUUGAGCCAGAUACUGAAGGAAUCAAAUCUAGAAAGAAUAUCCAGCCAUUUGGAGACUCCAGCAAGAUACGUGUCAUGAAGCAUACCACAGCGCCAGCAUUUGCAUUAUACACCACAGAAGUAGACUCAAGUGUAAAAGAAAACGACUUAGGUUCAGUGCCAUACAAGCCUGUCAUUGAAGCACCGACUGUAUCAAAUGCAUACAUACCGCCAACAAUGAACCGCCAGGAGCCCUGCAGCGUAAAAAUCUCGAAUCUUCCAUUGGACAUGACUAGAGAGAGAUUAUACAGACUGAUUGAUGCUAAUACAAAUGUUUCAUUCAUGAGCCCAAAUCUUGUUAUGAACAAGGAGACAGGCGUAUUCAGGGGAUUUGCAUUUGUAACAGUUGCAUCGAAAGAUGAUGCAAUGAAUCUCAUCAAAAACCUGAAAGGUGUAUCUAUUGAUAGCCUGGGUUUAUCAGCAGAGCUUGCGAAGUAG